UUGUGACUCAUGAAAUUAAAUAACAAUUAUAUACCUGUGAUCAUAGCUAGAAUAGAUUAUUUGGCAAGAAUGACAGGCCUUUAUUCACCUAUUCCAGAACAAGACAGAAGCAUUAAUAUUACCUGUAAGACGAGUAAUACGUCUCUUUUAACUCAAAGGUUAGAAAGAGGUAGCAGGUUCUCUGGGAACUUAACCGAAGAAGAUUUGUGCGCUCUUAACAUUACUCACACAGUACCACAUCGUUGUAUAUUUACUGCACAACUAACACAAAUUCUUAACCUAUUAUAUGAACGGCAAAAAUUAAUCGUUCAAAUAGGUGCAAAUGGAUAUGAAGCAAAAUCAAUAGAAAAUUUAAUGGAUUACAUUAUAGAAAAUCUCAAUAAAAGUAUUCAAAAACUAAUAAAUGCUGUAGAGACAGGUACUCGACCCAAUGAAACCCUUUUAAAUGAAUUGUUUCGAUGGCUUCCUGAUGGUUUAGAACCUUAUCCAUGUGAUUUAUCUAAACUUACAACAAAAACAACAACAACCACCACCAUAACAACAACAACAACUACUACUACUACUACUACCACCACCACCACGAUUACUACGACAACUACAACUACAACAACAACUACUACAACAACAACUACAACUACAACAACAACAACGACAACCACAACCACAACGACAACCACUACAACAACAACACCUAAGCCUACAACUACGACUACGACAACAACUACAACGCCUAAGCCUACAACAACUACAACGACAACAACAACUACAACUACAACAACGACAACAACAACAACCACAACAACAACUACUACUACGACUACAACCACUACUACCACUACAACUACUACUACUACUACAACUACUACCACAACUACAACACCUAAACCGACAACAACCACUACAGAGUCAUGGUGGGAUGAUGGUCUAUUUUUUCCGGAUUUAAGUACUACUUCAACAAUAUCUCCUCUAACCCCUUCAGGAGUAGAAGAACCUAAACAAACAUUUCCUCCCUUUCCUGAGCCAUCAACAGUAGGUGAUCCUUUUCCUCCUCCAAGUAUUGAAAAUCGUUAG